AUGUCCGAGAUCAAAGAUUCAAACCCUUCAUUCGUCCUUGAAUCGAUUCGACAUGUUAAUUUCCGAGACGUACCCAUCCCUGAAAUCAAUGAUCCAUACGAUGUGAUCGUUCAGAUCAAACAAACAGGGAUCUGCGGCUCAGAUGUACACUACUGGCAGCGAGGCCGCAUCGGAGACUUCAUCCUCAACUCCCCUAUCGUCCUUGGACACGAAUCCGCCGGAACAGUGGUAGGCCUAGGAAAAGCAAUCAAGCAUCUCAAUAUCGGCGACAAUGUAGCCAUCGGGCCCGGCGUUCCAUGCCGUCACUGCUCAUAUUGUCGAAGUGGCUCAUACAACUUAUGCCCAGAUACAGUGUUCGCAGCCACCCCUCCCCACAACGGCACGCUUUCGAAAUACUUCAAAACUGCCGGUGACUUCUGUUACCCCUUGCCGUUUCAUUUGAGUCUCGAAGACGGCGCUCUAUGUGAGCCCGUUGCAUGUGCUGUUCAGAUCUGUCGUGUCGGCAAGGUUCGCGGUGGACAGACGGUCGUCGUGUUUGGGUGUGGGCCCAUCGGACUUUUGGUACAAAGCGUGGCGAAGCAGUACGGAGCGAAGACUGUGAUUGGAAUCGACAUCAACCACAAGAGACUGGAUAUGGCGAUGAAUGUCAUGCAGUCCGCGGAUGGUGUCUUUGAGCCACCGCAGUGGCCGAGAACGGACCCCCACGACGCAGACGCAGAAGUGGCUUUCUAUGGGGAUGUUGCUGAAAGGAUCAAGUCGGAAUUCAAAUUGGGAGAUGGCCCUGAUGUCGUGAUAGAUGCUACUGGGGCUCAGAGUGCCAUACAAACUGGUGUUCAGCUUUGUAAGAAGGGCGGCAUGUUCGUUCAGGCUGGCAUGGGACGCGAGAACAUCGUCUUCCCGAUCACCACCGCCUGCAUCAGAGAUCUCACGAUUAGGGGAUCCAUCCGAUAUAAGGCUGGAGUAUACCCUGCCGCCAUCGAUCUCGUGGCGAGUGGUCGUGUGAAGCCUCAGAAGCUCGUCACACACAGGUAUAAGUUUGACGAAGCCGAACAGGCAUUCGAGAAGGUGAAGAACGGAGGGGAAGAUGUUUUGAAAGUGAUCAUCCACGGAGUGGAGUGA